AUGAUAGCUGUCAACCUGUUGCCCCUGUCAUUCACAACAAGUUCCGGAUUCAGGAACUUUAUGGAGCUGGUCGAGCCAAGUUACAAAGCACCUUCGAUAACUACGUUAAAAAGCCGUAUGAGCCUGCUGCAUGAGCAACUAAAAGAGAAGGUGACGUUUCAACUCAACUCUGCAUCUGCCGUAGCACUCACCUCUGACUGUUGGACGUCUAGGGCGCAGGACUCCUACAUUACAGUGACUGCGCACACCUUGAACUAUAACUGGAAACCGCAAUCCUUUGCAUUGGCAACAGAGGAGAUGGAUCAGCGACACACAGCAGAAAACCUUAUGAUGCGCAUGCAACAAGUAAUCUCGUAUUGGAACCUGGACUGCAAGGUUACAGCUGUAGUCACAGAUAACGCAGUCAAUGGAACGAACGCGGUAGAAGGCCUUCCGAGCCUUUUAGAGUCGAGGGAUUUGACUUGUUCAGCACACAGUCUUCAUCUAAGCGUGAACAAGGGCAUGAAUAUCCACGAAAUUGAAUCCCUCUGCAGAAAGGCUGGGAAAUUGGUGGCUCACUUCAAGCACUCAACAAUAGCCAGUGACGGGCUCAGUAGAAGGCAGGAGCAGCUUGGAUUACUCCCAGAGCGCUUAACACAAAGCUGCCCUACGAGAUGGAACUCGACGUACCAAAUGCUCACAAAACUGAUCAAAAAUAGACCAGCAAUUGAGAGCGUGCUUGUUGAUCGCACAGUCGUAACAGCGAAAGUAGCACAGAAUCUUGAGAUAUGUGAGCAGGAGUGGGACACCAUCCGCGAACUGUGUGACGUUCUCGAGCCACUUCACUUAGCUACUACAGUACUGUGCAGCGACACCGCAUCCCCAGUGUCCAUGGUUCGCCCUGUGAUGAGGGCGCUCAUGGUGAAACUCGAGCCCCAAUUUACAGAUGACCCCCUGGUAGGAAGGUUCAAGGAAGUUGUUCGGUUAGAGACCGUUCGCCCAUUUUCCAUGGAGUGGGACCCACGGGAAAGCGCAGUGAGCGCACGUCAGAGGGCUUCGUUUUUAGAUCCCAGGUAUAAAGACCUGCAGUGUGAGGAGCCCAGUGCCAGGCAAGAAAUCCGUACUAACAUAAUGAACUUGUUGAGAGACACGACACCUUCGGUCGGCGAAGACGGGGCGAGCACGAGUCAACCGCAAGCAACUGCGCUCGACAGACUCUUUAACACCCAGUCGUCUUCCAGCGACCUUUCGGCCCAGUUCGAAGCUUACCUGUCCGAGCCACAGCUGGGGCACAACUUGGACGCUCUCAAAUGGUGGAGAGACCACGAGUCCAAGUUCCCAGCAGUCGCGCAACUUGCGAUGAAGUACAUGUGCAUCCCUGCCUCGUCCGCGAGCUCCGAGCGCGUAUUUUCUACAGCCGGAAAUAUAGUUACGGCUAAGAGAAGCUGCCUUCUGCCAGAAAACGUCAGUUCGCUGGUGUUUCUGUAUCAAAAUAGGUCGUACUUUGACAGCUAAAAUGACGUAUGGCUCUUAAAAAUCUACA